GCACGAUCUUGAUAACUUGGGACGGGCGGCAGAUUUAUACGGCAUGUCCAGCAUGAUCAAGGUUGACCAAGAACCGCGCGGCUUUAUUGCGCAACGUGCAAUUGGCUCCGGAUUCCAGAGCGUGUUGUUCGCCGACUGCCAUACAGUAGAAGAUGUUAAGGAAUGUGUGCGUAUUUCACGCCCGGAUACCCCUGAAGAUGGCGGCUCCUACGGUGUUGCAACUCGCCGUUUCGCAUACAUGGGGUACGGAGGCUCCCAAAAAUAUGUUGAGGCUAUUAGGGAUGUCGUCGUUGUGAUUAUGAUCGAGAAGGCGGGCACUGUUGACAACCUAGAGGAAGUUCUUUCGGUUGAUGGGGUCGACAUGAUCCAGUGGGGCGGAUCCGAUUACUCGAUGAAUAUCGGUAAAGCCGGCGAACGGGGAUCACCCGAAAUUCAAGAUGCCGAGCGCAAGGUGUUUGAAACUGCCAUAAAGAUGGGUGUACCGCCGCGCGCCGAGGUCAAUACCGUGGAUGCAGCGAAAUCCUACCUUGAUAUGGGGGUACGUCAUUUCUGCAUCGGCACCGAUAUUUCAAUCCUUUUCGAUUGGUGGAAGACACAUGGUGACGAUUUUCGGAAAGCACUCGAACCCGUGAUGAGUAAGCGUGGGAAUGAGGGAACGGGGGCGAGUGAGCAAGUGUGUGAGAAAAAACACUCGCUUCCUCGUCGGUCUGCUUCCUAUCUUCCCGUCACGUUUCACGCUUCAUUCACUUGGAAGGAGGCGUGGCAACUGCCACGAAAACGGCGUGAAACGCAAAGCUGAAGUUGUCCGCGAAACGCGGGAAACGCAAAUUACGCUUAAACUCAAUAUCGAUGGUUCAGGGGAGUCCAAUAUCAGUACUGGCGUUGGGUUUCUGGACCACCUACUUGAACUCUUUGCCAAACACGGAUUCUUUGAUCUCGAAGUAAAUGCUGCCGGCGACCUUCACGUUGAUGCACACCAUACCGUUGAAGAUGUGGGCAUCUGCUUAGGGGAGGCUUUCAUGAACGCA